GAGCGCGCCUUCAGGCCGCCAAGCCGGGGAUUCAAUUCCCGCUCUCUCUGCCCAGGCCCUGGAUGCGGCUCCGGCCCCGACCCUGACCGCGGAGGCGUCCCGAGGGCAUUUUGCUGCCGCCGUGGAUUAGAUCUCCCCCCACCCCCCACAGCAGGUGACCAAGAUGCCCCAAAUACAGCUCGAUGGGAUCGACAUAAAUUUUCCUUAUGUUCCCUAUAAAUGUCAAGAGGAUUAUAUGUCCAAGGUGAUAGAAUGCCUACAAAAGAAAGUAAAUGGGGUUCUGGAAAGCCCUACAGGGACUGGAAAAACACUUUGCCUUUUGUGUGCUUCCCUAGCUUGGAGGCAGCAUUUAAAAGACAGCAUUUCAGCAACUAAAAUAAUCAAUAAGUUAAAUGGUGAAGAACUUUUCGAUAGCAGGUCUCUAUCCUCAUGGGGCAGAGGACUUGAAGAUAUUGAUUUAGGUUAUCGUGAAAUUCCAAAGAUCAUUUAUGCCUCAAGGACCCAUACACAGCUCACUCAGGUUAUAAAUGAACUAAAGGCUACAUCAUACAGACCAAAGAUGUGUGUACUUGGAUCUCGAGAACAGCUCUGUAUCCAUCCUGAAGUAAUGAAACUGGAAAGCAAUCAUGCAAAGAUCCAUAUGUGUCGAGCGAAAGUAUCCAUGCGCACUUGUCACUACUAUAACAAGGUUGACGAAAAGAGUACUGAUAAAGAAUUUACGGAGCCCAUUCUUGACGUAGAAGAUCUUGUUAAAGGUGGCCACAAGCACAGGGUUUGUCCUUACUAUUUGUCUCGAGCGAUGAAGCAGAACGCUGAAAUAAUCUUCAUGCCAUACAACUAUUUACUUGAUCCAAAGAGUCGCAAAACUCAUGAUAUAGACCUUCAAGGCACAGUCGUUAUUUUUGAUGAAGCACAUAAUGUGGAAAAAAUGUGCGAAGAGUAUGCUUCGUUUGACCUUGCUCCCUAUGACCUUGCUUCUGGAAUUGAAGCUGUUAAUCUGAUCCUGGAGGAAGAAGCAAAGAAGUUUCAACACAUUGUCAACACGGAUGACAAUCCUGAAUCAAUCAACUCGGGAAUGAAAAUGGAUUUGAGUGAUCUAGCCAAAAUAAAAAAAAUCCUCCUUGACCUGGAAAGCACAAUAGAUUCUAUUGAAUUGUCAUCAGAUGGAAGUGGAGUGACUAAACCAGGAAGUUUCAUCUAUGAAUUAUUUGCAAAAGCACAAAUUACCUUCCAAAACAAGUCUGCAAUUUUUGAAGCACUGGAACAGAUUAUAACUGCCAUGUCAGAAAAUACUGGAAUAUUCACCAAUACAAAUGGAUUGCAAAAAAUAGCUGAUAUUCUGCAGAUUGUUUUUUGCAUAAAUCCUCCUGAGGGUACUACUGCGGACACCAUGGGUCAGAGUGCUGCCAAGCAUUACAAGGUUCACAUACACCCAGAUAACAGUGGGAACAAGAAACAGCAGCGAACUGAUUUAUGGACUUCGUCAGUUACAAAAAAACAAGGAAAAACGUUAAGCUAUUGGUGCUUCUCCCCUGGCUACAGUAUGGCUGAGUUGGUUCGCCAUGGUAUUCGGUCCAUCAUCCUCACAAGUGGCACUCUUGCUCCGCUGUCCUCCUUCACAUCAGAAAUGCAAAUUCCUUUCCCUGUAACUCUGGAAAAUCCUCAUGUAAUUGAUAAACAUCAGAUAUGGAUUGGGAUUGUUCCAAAAGGCCCUGAUGGAGUACAGUUGAGCUCUGCGUACAACAAUAGAUUUACACCCGAGUACAUGUCUUCCCUAGGAAAAACAAUGGUAAACCUGUGCAGAGUGGUGCCAAAUGGUUUGUUGGUGUUCUUCCCAUCAUAUCCAGUCAUGGAAAAAAGCCUACAGUAUUGGAAGGAAGAGGGAAUUUCCAGCAGAAUAGAGGAGAUCAAGCCUAUCUUUGUGGAAGUCAAAGGCAAAGGAUUAUUUACAGAGGUUAUGGAUGCGUACUAUGAUAAAGUAAAUAAUCCACAAUCAAAUGGCGCAUGUUUCUGUGCAGUCUGUAGAGGAAAGGCCAGCGAAGGCUUGGAUUUUGCUGAUAUGAAUGGACGGGGUGUGAUUGUCACUGGUUUGCCAUUUCCUCCACGAAUGGAUCCCAGAAUAAUACUAAAGAUGCAAUUCCUUGAUGAAAUGAGAAGAAAAUGUAUUGGAAAUGUUAAGUAUUUAUCUGGACAAGAAUGGUAUAGGCAGCAAGCUUCGCGAGCUGUCAAUCAAGCUAUUGGAAGGGUAAUUCGUCACCGAAAUGACUACGGAGCCAUUUUUCUGUGUGAUCAUAGAUUUACAGGCACUGAAGCGAAAUCACAGUUGCCGUCAUGGUUACAGCCACAUGUUAAAGUGUAUGAUAACUUUGGACACAUUAUUCGAGAUGUAUCGCAGUUUUUUCGAGUUGCUCAAAAAGUUAUGCCUCCACCAAAACCAAAGUUGGUGCCUUGCAGUGCCCAAUCCUCAGAAGUCAAUUCUGCUGCGUCGUCUUUUUUUACUGCUCCUGGGCCAGUGCUGAAGAAAGCAAAAACAUUAGAUUCUCAUGUGCCAAGCCUCAAAAGAAAGCGUGCUGGCGAGCCUGCUGGGGAAGAUUUGUUUUGUUGUACAGAUGAGCCUUCUGGGAAAGAUGGUAUGGCUAAGCUCUGCAUUGAAUAUGAAAAAGUCUCUAAAAGCACAAGAAAGAAGCCUGUGAGUCUCCUUGAUGCUUUAGAACACAGUGAGCUCAAACCCAAUGAAGGGAAGUCCCAGUGUGAGAAAAAGGCAGUUAAGAUGACAACUACAUCUCUGAAACAGAUGAGUGGAGAACCGAGGGGCGGCAGAAAAAAAAUCACCCUUGUGAAUAGUUAUGGAUUCGAUGUGCUUUCAGCAACGGAGAAGACAAAAUCAGAAAAGGCUAAAUUUUUAAUCAUGGCUGUAAAAGAGGCUCUGAGCAAGGCCAACUACGAGCGUUUCACAGAAGCGAUGCAAAAGUACAAAAUGACUGAUGAUUUUGACACCAUGCUCGGUGAAAUGGCAGCUCUUUUUACAGAAGAUGUGAGAAAAAACAAUCUUCUGCGAGAAUUUUAUCAGUUUGUUCGACCACAUCAUAAAAAAAUGUUUGAUGAAGCCUGCUACAAUUUGACUGGUGAAGGUUGUGGGUUUAAACCUGAACAUGUAGUACCACGAGAAGAGAGGCAGAAAGUAGAACAAGAGGCAAACGCAGGCAGUGAAAGUGAGUGGAAAUUUGAGCCUGCAUUAUCUGAUGUGAAUAAACGCACAACCUCAUCUCAACAGCUAAAUGCAUGCACACACCUUAACAAAGGGGGACAACACUUAACCAAUGGACCUGUUAGCAAAGGUGAAAUCUAUAAUCACGAACCAACCAGUUUUUCAGAUGGAUCUUCAAAAACAUCAGCGACCACAGCAGAACAGAAAAAACAGCAAUUACUUGCUGCUUAUGUUAACGAUGCUAAGAAAGCUUUAGGACCUUGUAAAUACAGCACAUUCUCAACAAUACUUCAGACGUAUAAAAGGACCGAUAACUAUGAAAACAUGGUGUCUGAAAUAGCAGCCCUAUUUACAGAAAAAUCUGAGGACUUUCAUUUGCUAAGAAGGUUUUAUAUGUUUGUUAGAACACAUCAUAAGAUACAUUUUAAUCAGAUGUGCAAGGACCUAACGGGAAUGGACUGCAAGCAGUCGAUUGAGAAGGAGCCGCAGCCUGAUGGACAAGGGGAAAGUCUGAACAAGAAUCAACAGGAGCCCCCUAAACAUGCACUUGUGACAAAAAAUGAGAUUGCCAGUAAUAGUGAGAAUGUAGGUGAAGGAUCUGUUUCGACACAAAGUAAGAUUUCUGCGUUCUUUCCAAAGAGUGAGAAAUUAAAGCAAACAAGUGCCCCUGGGACAUCGAGUUCUUGGCAUUGUGUUUAUGAUUGUUCAGUAAAAAACAGCCUCUCGAACGUUCAGGAAAUUCCAACAAAAAGUAUACGCCCUGCAACAUCAAAUGAAUCAUUGCCGCCUUUCUCCUCAAAUUUAAAGCUUGGUUUCCACUGCAUACUUUGUAGAGUUGAUGCAACAAUGCCAUUUAGUUGUCAAAACUGUGAAUUCACCUGCUGCAUGUGCUGCUGGAAGCAGUUAUUAAAGGAAAAUAAGAUGUGUCCAAAUUGCAAAGUAACCACCACAAGAAGACACUUGAGGCAAGUUUUGUUUGCGAGAGAUGAAUCACGGAGUUCUGAUGGACGUUCUUGAAUGUCUGGAUUGUACAAUAAAUAUCAUGAAAAUUGUGGUUUAUUUGAACAUAAAUAUGUUUACAAAAUGGUGAACUGGAAUUUAUAUCUUAUUUUUGUAUUUGUCACAGCGUAUGUGAAUAAUAAAUAUUAUGAUAUGAAGUG